AGCAACCAACAGCGGGGCAAGAUCAAAAAUGAUAAGAUUUUGCGGUGGAGGAUAGAACUCUCCACCUACACCUAUGAUAUCCUGUACCGGCCUGGCAGACUCAAUGAGCCCCCUGAUGCCCUAUCCCGGGGAACAUGUGCUAGCACACAGCUCGACCAGCUGUACGCCCUUCAUGCACAACUUUGCCAUCCGGGGGUCACCCGAUUUUACCAUUUUGUGAAAGCUCGGAACCUGCCGUACUCCCUGGAGGACAUCAGGACGAUGACCAGGGACUGCCAAAUUUGUGCCGAGUGCAAACCGCACUUCUACUGUCCUGACACGGCACAACUUGUCAAGGCCACCCGCCCUUUUGAACGCCUGAGUGUUGACUUUAAGGGCCCCCUUCCCUCCACUGACCGCAAUGUCUAUUUUCUCAGUGUUAUUGACGAGUUCUCACGGUUCCCCUUUGCCAUCCCCUGCCCCGACACCACUGCCACGUCCGUCAUAAAAGCCCUGCGCCAGCUCUUCACUCUGUUCGGGUAUCCCUGCUAUAUCCACAGUGAUAGAGGGUCCUCCUUUAUGAGUGAGGAGCUGCGCCAGUACUUGCUAGCUAGGGGCAUUGCUACCAGUCGGACCACGAGUUAUAAUCCCCGGGGUAAUGGCCAGGUAGAGCGGGAGAAUGCCACAGUGUGGAAGGCCACACUUUUAGCCCUUAAGUCCAAAGGGUUGCCGGUCUCUCGAUGGCAGGAGGUCCUCCCUGAGGCACUGCACUCUAUCCGCUCUCUGUUAUGUACGUCCACCAAUGCCACCCCUCACGAACGCCUAUUCUCUUUUCCCAGGAAGUCUGUCACUGGGACCACCCUACCAGUUUGGCUGACGUCCCCGGGGCCAGUGCUGCUCCGGAAACAUGUGAGGAGCAAUAAAUACUCCCCGCUGGUGGAGAGGGUUCACCUUCUCCAUGCGAACCCCCAGUAUGCUUACGUGGUCUUACCUGAUGGGCGGGAGGACACGGUCUCCAUCCGCGACCUGGCACCCGCAGGUGCAGCAGACCACUACCCUGAAGGCUCUCCGGUAACUGUGAACCCUGCACCAGAGGUGACACCGUACGCACCAGGCCCUACACAGACUCCUCACGACACUUGUAUACCGGGCGUUUCGUACGCGUUUAUACCAGGCGCCUCGCACAUGCAUGAGGGAUCACCGGCGCCUAGUGGGCAAGAACACGCGCAACCCCCGUCCCCUGUGCAAUCGCCAAUGUUGCCGGCACCUAUGGGGUCACAGCCGGUGCUACGUAGAUCGCAGCGACAGAUUCGACCGCCUGAUCGGCUUGACUUGUAAGAACCUUCGCUACAUGAGGACUUUUUCAAACGAAGGGGGGGUGAAUGUGGUGAACUAUGUGCCUGUCGGGACACGCCCCUGCUGACUGCUCCUGUGGCUCCUCCCACAGGCCCCUGUAUAAAGGAGACCUGCGGCCUGACGCUCGGCCUCAGUCUCCAGGACCUUGUAUGAUAGACACUCACUCCUGGUUCCUUCUUCCAGUCAAUAAAAGCC